AUUCAAGAGAUUAGAUAAAGGUGUUGUAUACUUGGAUCAUGCUGGUUCUACUUUGUAUUCUGAGUUGCAGAUGGAAAAUAUUUUUAAGGACUUCACAAGCAAUGUUUUUGGAAAUCCACAUAGUCAAAGUGAUAUCAGUUCGGCCACCAGUGACCUUAUAGCAGAUGCUCGGCAUCAGGUGCUUGAAUAUUUUAAUGCAUCUCCUGAAGAUUACAGUUGCAUAUUCACCUCCGGAGCCACAGCAGGGCUGAAGCUUGUCGGAGAGACAUUUCCUUGGACCCAAGACAGUAAUUUUUUGUAUACCAUGGAGAAUCACAACAGUGUGCUUGGUAUUAGGGAAUAUGCAUUAGCUCAAGGUGCUUCAGCAUGUGCAGUGGAUAUUGAAGAGGUAGCUAACCAACCAGGCCAGCUCACAAAUUCAGGACCAUCUAUCAAGGUAAAGCAUCGUGCUGUGCAGAUGAGAAACACUUCUAAAAUCCAAAAGGAAGAGUCAAGAGGAAAUGCCUAUAAUCUAUUUGCUUUCCCCUCGGAGUGCAAUUUUUCUGGCCUGAGGUUUAAUCUAGAUCUGGUGAAGUUGAUUAAAGAAAAUCCUGAAACCAUGCUACAAGGCUCUCCCUUUAGCAAGAGCAAGCGGUGGAUGGUCUUGAUUGAUGCUGCAAAGGGUUGUGCUACACUACCACCUGAUUUAUUGGAGUACCCUGCAGAUUUUGUUGUUGUGUCAUUCUACAAGUUAUUUGGUUAUCCUACUGGGCUUGGCGCUCUCCUUGUACGGAAUGAUGCAGCCAAAUUGCUCAAAAAGACUUAUUUUAGUGGAGGCACUGUUGCUGCUUCAAUUGCUGACAUCGACUUUGUAAAAAGAAGGGAAAGGGUGGAGGAGUUUUUUGAGGAUGGUUCUGCUUCAUUCUUGAGCAUAGCAGCCAUCCGUCAUGGCUUCAAAUUACUCAAGUCGCUUACACCUUCUGCAAUUUGGAUGCACACAACGUCACUUUCCAUAUAUGUGAAAAAGAAACUUCAGGCUUUACAACAUGGAAAUGGGGCUGGUGUAUGGGUUCUGUAUGGCAGUGAAAAUCUGAAGUUAUCUUCACAUAGAUCAGGCCCAACGGUUACUUUCAACUUGAAAAGACCUGAUGGCUCUUGGUUUGGCUACUUGGAGGUGGAAAAACUUGCUUCUUUAUCUGGAAUUCAGUUACGGACAGGAUGUUUUUGCAAUCCUGGCGCAUGUGCAAAGUAUCUCGACUUGUCUCAUUCUGAUCUAUUGUCUAAUGUGGAGGCUGGGCAUAUUUGCUGGGACGACAAUGAUGUGAUAAAUGGAAAACCAACAGGGGCUGUUCGGGUUUCGUUUGGUUACAUGUCAACCUUUGAAGAGGCCCAGAAAUUUAUUGAUUUCAUCAUAAGUUCAUUUGUUUCACCUCCAAAGAAGAUUGGGAAUGGAACUGUCGUCAGUGGAAGGUUUUCUCAACUUCCUAGUGAAGAACUUGAAAGUAAAGAAUCUUUUCCAAGUCACUACCUUAAGUCAAUUACUAUAUACCCCAUCAAGUCAUGUGCUGGAUUCUCUGUGAUACGUUGGCCACUUUGCAGAACAGGCCUGCUGCAUGAUCGAGAAUGGAUGGUUCAGGGUCUGACUGGUGAAAUUCUUACCCAAAAGAAGGUGCCUGAAAUGUCUCUUAUAAGAACCUCUAUCGACCUUGAGGAAGGACUACUGUCUGUAGAAUCUUCUCGCUGCAAAGACAAGUUGCACAUCAGAAUCAAGUCUGAUUCAUAUAAUCCGAGAAGCGAUGAGUUUGAUUCACAUGCCAACAUACUUGAAAACCAUAAUGGGGAAACUCGAAUCAAUCGUUGGUUCAGCAAUGCCAUUGGUCGACAAUGCAAGUUGCUACGGUAUUCUAGCUCUACUUCCAAAGACUGUUUGAACAGAAACAAGAGUCCUGGUUUGUGCAGAGAUUUGGAAAGCAAUAUCAACUUUGCUAACGAGGCUCAGUUCUUGUUAAUCUCCGAGGAGAGUGUUGCUGACCUAAACAGAAGAUUAGAAGCAAAAGACGAGGAUGACAAACAGGCUCAUGAGAAACUCAAUCCAUAUAGAUUCAGACCAAAUCUGGUUAUAUCUGGAGGUGAACCAUACGCAGAAGAUAAAUGGAGAACUGUCAAGAUAGGAGACAAUAAUUUCACAUCGUUGGGCGGUUGUAACCGGUGCCAGAUGAUAAACAUAAGUAAUGAGUCUGGACAAGUGAAGAAAUCCAAUGAGCCCUUAACAACUUUAGCUUCAUAUAGGAGAGUAAAGGGAAAGAUCUUGUUUGGAACUCUUCUGAGAUACGAGAUUGAUGAGAAAACACAAUGUUGGAUUGGAGCUGGGGAAGAAGUAAAUCCAGAUAUUGAAUAGGUUCAAAAGCUUGUGUGUGUAUUAUUGUCUACUAUACAUAAAAACAUAUGGAGAAGCAUCAAAAGCAUAUAAGAAAAAAUCUGUUACUUGAUCUGUAUACAAUAUAGUUCAGAGACUCUUGAGUAUACCAAAUAGUUAGAAACUCAAACAUUAUGUAAUGUAACAGAGAAGAAUAAUACGAAGGCUAAUUU